CCCAUCCCCUCCCCCGCCUCCCGCGCACCGGCCCGGCGUCUCCGCCCCUCCCGCGCCGGGUCGCUGCAGUCCCCGGCUGCCCCCGGGUCCCUCCUCAGGGGCCCUGGCCUCAUUCCAGCCUGGAAGCGCCUCGGUUGGAGCGCGGGACAGCAGUAGAGAGCGAGUCGUGUGCCCUGGUCACCUCAGCUCUCCCAACCUGCAGGAGGGCCCGACUCCGGGAGCCGAAACGCAGGGAAAGGCAAGGACCCGGCGCCGGCGUAGGGGCGGGCGCCGCUCAUCAGCCACGCCAGUUCACGUCUGGGGCCACCCGGCCGCCUUUUCUUCCUUUCCCCCUUUGCUUUCUCCCCCCUCUCCCCUCGGCGAGGGCAAAGUGGCCGUGGCGGCGCCUUGCCCGGGCCGGAGUGAGUCGCGCGGGCGAAAAUGGCGUACAUCCAGUUGGAACCUUUAAACGAGGGUUUUCUUUCUAGAAUCUCUGAUCUGCUGCUGUGCAGAUGGACCUGCCGGCACUGCUGUCAGAAGUGUUACGAGUCCAGCUGUUGCCAGUCGAGUGAGGAUGAAGUUGAAAUUCUGGGACCUUUUCCUGCCCAGACUCCUCCCUGGCUGAUGGCCAGCAGGAGCAGUGACAAGGACGGGGACUCGGUCCACACGGCCAGUGACGUCCCGCUGACCCCACGUACCAACUCCCCAGAUCGAAGAUGCUCAUCCUCAGACACGUUGAAGUCUACGUACAGCCUGACCCGGCGGAUUUCAAGUCUGGAGUCCAGACGACCCAGCUCCCCGCUCAUCGAUAUUAAACCCAUCGAGUUUGGCGUCUUCAGCGCCAAGAAGGAGCCCAUCCAGCCCUCGGUGCUCAGACGGACCUAUACCCCCGACGACUAUUUCAGAAAGUUCGAGCCGCGGCUGUACUCCCUCGACUCCAACAGCGACGAUGUGGACUUCCUGACGGACGAGGAGAUCUUGUCCAAGUACCAGCUGGGCAUGCUGCACUUCAGCACCCAGUACGACCUGCUGCACAACCACCUGACGGUGCGGGUGAUCGAGGCGCGGGACCUGCCGCCCCCCAUCGCCCAGGACGGCGCGCGCCAGGACAUGGCGCACUCCAACCCCUACGUCAAGAUCUGCCUCCUGCCGGACCAGAAGAACUCCAAGCAGACGGGCGUCAAACGCAAGACCCAGAAGCCCGUGUUUGAGGAGCGCUACACCUUCGAGAUCCCCUUCCUAGAGGCGCAGAGGAGGACCCUGCUCCUCACCGUGCUGGACUUCGACAAGUUCUCCCGCCACUGCGUCAUCGGGAAGGUGUCCGUGCCUCUGUGCGAGGUGGACCUGGUGAAAGGCGGGCACUGGUGGAAGGCGCUGAUCCCCAGUUCCCAGGUAAGGAUCGGGGGAGAGGGAG